AUGCACAAGAUCUCCAACUUUACGGGCCAGGCCCGUCAUGGUUGGGAACGAAUGACGCCGACCUUUGGAAUGUCCAGACCUCACACCGACAUGGCCUUUCGCCGGCCACACGGCGCUCCGCCUAUGACUCCUCCGACGAGUAUCGACCCGACCGUCAAUUUGUCCUUCAACGUCCCAUUCUCGUCGACCUUGGCUGGCCCCGAUGUCGAUGAUGUACUCCACGCCAGUCCGAAUGCCCUCCAACGUUGGACUUUCCCCGAGGACUCCCCCGAAGGUACACAGGUACACCAACUACCUGUUCAUACUAGCAAUGUCGACGGCUUGCGGAGGUUAUGUCGACAGAUCACCGAGACGAGUGCCGGACGGAUCGAAGCAACGGUGGCCUCGACCGAACCAAAGGCCCUACCUUCCUUACAACGGCGCCCCAACGGCUUGGUGACCAACGUCUGUGUGACAGGUGAUGGCGAAACCGUGCGCAAGAUGCGAGCAAAGAUUUUGAACGAAACCCCGAUCAUGCUGCGCUGCGCAACUGUCGAUGUCGAUAUGCACCUGAUUAUGGAUGGAUCGCCAAAGGGUAUUCGAGCUAGCGUAUUGGAGCAUAUGGAUACCUUGGCCGCCUAUACCGGGACCGAUAUUUUCUUGCUGACGCCGAAACUUCACGAUGCCGAUAGUGCCGUCGUUUCGUCCUACGGGUAUGCCUCUGAUAAUGGCCUCGAACAGCGUUUCCGAGUUGCCAUUUACGGUGACAUGGAAAGCUCCGAACAUGCUAAGACUCGGGUGCUGAUCAUGAUUGACCAAAUCCUGAAACGCCAUGUCGAUGCUAUCAAGCUGGAGUUGACCAUGCACACCUUGGUCUGUGGCCGCACCCGCAAGAACAUUAAGCUCAUCGAGGCUGCCACCGGCACCGCUAUUUACUUCCCCCCGCCGUUCCCUCGAAUUUUCGGAUAUACCCCGCCGGGCGCGAACCGUCGAAGUGAGGAUGAAGUGUAUAUUACUGGUGAUACCCCGGAACAAAUUGCUCGGGCGAAGCAAAAGUUGCGAGAAUUGGUGAUGGGUGUCAAGAUCUAUGUCAAGGACGUUGUUGUCAACUCGAGCAAGAUUGACAAUAUCCUGCUCGAUCGUUUGGACAAGGUUCGCAAGGUGAUGGAAAUGAACGGCUCCUAUGUGCUGUUCCCCCAGCUGGGCAGCCAACGUGGCCUGGUUCGGAUUCAAGGCACCGAGGUUUUGCACGUUGAGCGGACCGUGAGGGAAAUCAUGGCCUUGGCUGGCCAAUUCUAUAGUGCCUCUUGGUGGAUCAUCAUGCCCGACCCCGCACAGGGUGGUCUUCGUGCACCUUCGACGCCUGAAAUCCGCUCGAUGCUCACUGAUAUAUGUACCAACUCGGAAGCUGAGGUCAGCUUCGAUAACCUGACGUUUACGAUUAACGGAUCCGACGAUGCUGUCAAGGCAGCCAUGACUGUUGUAAAUCAGAUCCCAUUUGUUACCCGCAGCCAGUAUCAGAUGCGUGUCAAGAUCGAGCUGGCCAAUGAGCACAAGGAGUUCGUCAGUGGCAAGAAAAAUGGCAAGAUCAACAAGAUCAUGGGCCAGAGCAAUGUUCAAAUCAUCUUCGACGGUUUCAACGAAUAUAAUUUUUACAUCGAUGUUUGUGGCAACCAGUACGACUCGACUAAGAAUGGUCUGGAUCUUGUUGAGCAGGAAAUGCCUGCUUCCAUCUCAUUUCAUGUGCCCGACCAGUAUCAUAAACGUAUCAUUGGAAUCGGCGGACAGCACAUUCAGCGCAUCAUGAAGAAAUACUCCGUCUUCGUCAAGUUUUCUAACGCUAUGGAUCGUGGAGGGAUGGGCAAGGAGGAUGACGAUAUCAAGGUUGAUAAUGUCAUCUGCCGCACGCCCGCUCGCAAUGCCCAGAGUCUGGACCUGGUGAAGCAGGAGAUUAUGGACAUGGUCGAGAAAGUUGACGCCGAGUAUGUCUCGGAAAGAGUUGUUAUCAACCGACUCUACCACCGUGAACUGCUGGCUCGCAUGACCGAGAUUGAUGAGCUUGAGAAGAAAUGGAACUGCAAGAUUGAAUUCCCCAGCACCGAACUUGCCAGCGAUGUUGCUGUUGAUGCCUUGCUGGGCAUGGUCCCGGAAAGCCACGAGCUUCACUUCCAGAGCUCGGCUGAGCUACGGGAAUACUUCAAGGUUCCUGAUUUCCUUGACGACGUCGGCACCAAGCUCAAGGAGCAGUACGAGGUUGACAUCAAUGUUGACGUUAGUGCUGACCUUCCACCUGCUCGGGAGGAUGGAUCGUCCUCGCCGGACCCCGCCCCCGAAGAUCGGGUCGUUCUCGGCUACACGCGCAACAAUGCCGGUGGCCUUAAGGAUGCCAUCGACUUCCUCAUUUCUCGCCUCGUCGCCCACGGCCUCGAUGCCAACACGGUCAAGGGAGCGAUCCCUCGCCCCAAGUCGGAUUCGUUCGAGGAGUCGCUGCCCUUCUUCGACUCGAAGCUGUUGCAGCACGCUCCAGCGCCUCUCCUCACCGACUCUCCUACUCGACCCAGCUUCGCAGACGAGACCAGCGAGCGCGGUUCGAUCUUCGAGCGCCUCCGCAAGCCCGGAAGUAUCUCGUCCUUCUCCUCAUUCAUCGGGCGUAAGAACCAUUCGGCCUCGCCCGGAUCGUUCUUCAAGCACGCUUCGAGCAAUGCUUCAAAGGCUUCGCUUGUCUCGAUGGAAUCGCGGGAUAGUGGCUACCGCAACCCUUGGAAUGACUCUGGGGUGAACCUCCCCGAGGACGACAUUCCUGUCCUGGGGAGCUCGCAUAGCCACAAGAGCAGCAACAGCAAUGGCUGGCCCACACGCUUCGACGCCAAGUUUCCUUUCGGUACGGCACCCGGCGACAUGACACCCAAGCAUGACCCGCGCGCCUCUUUUGACAGCGGUCGCCCUAGCACUUCGAAUUCUACUUCUGGAUACCCGGCCCCCAUUGGGCCACCGCGUUAA